UAUAUCUGUCAAUGUAACGUUUGUAAACAACCUCGUAACUUCGCGAGGAAUAAUUUUCUUUUGAAUUGUAUUAUUUUGUUUGAAUGAAAAUAUUGUUUUUUAAAGUAAUUUGUUAGAUAUGGACGAUGAUGAUGACGAAGACUACUAUUUUGGGGUGUACGAGGGUGGACACUGGGUUUGGGACGAACAAAUACAAGCACUGCUGUUCAUAUGUGACAAUCCUCCCGUGCACAGAGUACACAUACAAACAAAAACAAAAUUACCUACCGGUACCGUAAAGUUUAAAGAUGAAGUUGACAUAAUUGAACAGAUCCGUUAUCGGCGACUUUAUCGAAGAAGAUUGAAAAUAGGAGAAGCAGACGUAAUCACUCUGCAGGAUAUAAAAGACUUAGCAUUGUUCACGGCUCCCACCAGCAUUCUCACCCCCAAACUUAUACGCAUGUUACACACUCCGACCAUAGAGAGAUUCCUGCGAGCACUCAUUCUUUACUGCGCUUACUAUCUGCAGACAGCUGCCGAAAUGUCGAAACGAAUGUCAGAACUUAUAUCAAAAGUGAGGACCUUGAACUGUGAUCGAAUCGAAAAUGAGUUCCAAGAUAACUUAGCUGAUCUGAGGCUGUUAGUAGCUAAAGAAUAUUGCAUGUUUCUGAUUGGUGGGGGUGACAUGAAGAAAUACCACCACAUGGGCCAACACAAGUAUAGCCGGUCUUUGUCAGACAUGGACGAAAGACUAUUUGAAACAUUUGUGCGCAUGAGUAUACAAAUAGUGUGGAUAGCGCUCGGUCGAAAAUGUUUUUAUCAAAUAGAAUGUGAAACUCAUCGUAUAUUAAAGUCGGAUCUAUUUAAUCCUGUGGAGCAUUCGUUGAAGACAGAAUUUAUACCUCGAAUGGAGCGGGAGGAACGGUCAGCAUUGUUUGGACAUUGUAUUCGCCUGGACAGAAAGCUGAGGACCCGAUCACCACUGUUGAAUGAUGUGUUUUGCCAGAGACCCAUUGAUUACCGGUUAUUGGGACUUGCAGUGGUCAAUUAUCCACAGUUGUCACCUCGACUGAAGUAUUUAUACACGAUUGUGGCUGGUACAGAAGAGGAUUUAGCAAACUCCAAUUUAACGUUGGGUAUUAUUGGUCUACCUCGAGUUCAAUUUGACACCAUACUACGUCUUCUACCGCCUCCAUAUGACCUAAAUUCAAAAAGUUCUAUAUCGUUACAGAGCUCAAGAAGCUACAUGAAAAAAGUUCACUUGGUACUUCCACCUAUCAAUAUACCACAUAAAGAAGCAACUGACGGAUUUUACCCUCCAUCAUUUCCUGAUAAAGUUGUUCAAGGGAACCCUAUCAAUAAAGUACAGCUCAAACGAUGGCUCAAAAGAUUGAAAUCAUUUGGAAAUUGUACACAUUGACACACUGACAAUACUAAAUACUUUAUAUGAGUACUAAAAUAUAUGAAUUUAAU